CGAGCAGCUCUAACUGCUAUGAAUAGUAUGACAUGUAUUGCGGAAAGAACAGUUGCAAAAGUGAAGUUAACUAGUGAACUAGAGUAACGAAUCGAUGAAGAUGGAUUCACUCAAUUACAUACCCUUGACCGUUAUUGUUGUCGUGUUUCUUAUUUAUUUUAUUUGUAAGAUUGUGGCAUGCCAGAGGGCCUUUGGUAAGGAGACAUUCGCAAAUGAUGGUCGCAUAAGGAACAAUCAGCAGCGGUUGCAAACGCAAACCAGUGUGGCGAGUCAGGUACAGAGUCCAACAGGAACGUCAGUGUCCUCGCUGUUCACCAUUUCUGGUCUAUUAACAGCUGGCAGCCGAACUCCUAGUCCUCCGAAAUACGAUAUGCCUCCUUCUUAUGACGAAGCCAUAGUUUACGAGAAGGAGAAGGCAGCAGAAAACCCGAGUACAGUUAUUCCAAUCGAGCGGUGACUGCAAAUUUUACUUUUAGGAACUUUAAGUGAAAUUUUGCUUUCGAAGCCCAGAGACCCAUUCACAUAUCUGCGGAAAUCAGAUAAGAUAAUCCAAUCAAAGGCCUUAGAGACAUCCACUCUGCAGAUAAAAUGCCUAUGUUAAAGGAUAAUUCUCCCUGAAUCUCCUGCAGUGCAUUGUGUUGUGAUUUUAUUGUGAAUAACGUUCUGUGAUAUAACAAUUUAUAGAUAAUUAAGUUGAUAAAUUUAUUCUGUAAUAAACCAUUUUGAAUAGAA